CAGGUGAAGAUGAAGUCAUGAUGAAGUCGCUGCUCCUGGUUUUAUUGCUAAGACUACUUUCGUUAGGGGCUUGGGCUGAAGGAAAUUGCAACGAACUUAUUACUGAUAAAACAAUUUCACUCAAAGGAUUUGAAGAUGUCAACACGAAAGAAGAUUUCAAGAUCUUUUCAAAUAAUAUGAAUGAUGAUCCCUACAUACUAUACCAGUUUACACGUUUCAUUGCCAUCGUAUCAACUAAAAAAGGUCAUAUCGUUACCGUUAAUAAAAGAUUGGAUAUAAAAUCAGAAUUUUACGCUUUCCUCAAUGCACAAAAUGACAAAGAAUAUUUGUCUAUUGGAGUCUUGAAUGGCAAUGGAUGGUGUAGAUAUGAUAUCUGUACAAGUUGCGAUGUACAAGAUCGGAAACCAAUUAUAAACCCGGAUACUAGACCAAACGUCGGGUUCUUCAGUUGGUCUAAGCAGUCAAACUCCGUUGCUCCUGGUUAUAUAACAGAUGAUGAAACGACUGGAAUAAUUGCAGAGUACGUGAGCGUUGGGAGGCCAAAAAUUGUGUUGAGCUGUUACGAAAAUUCGCUUAGUCUGCGAACUCCAAUAGGACACCGUAUAACUACAAUCAAUACCAGAUGUUCCGAAAACUUCAUGCAAACACUUACCAUUAUGACACUAAAACAAAACUUAUCUCCUCAGGAGAUUUUUCAACUCGGUGUAGAAGGGGAGCAUCAGGAUUUGUCUUGGAUUUACAAAAACAACGAUUUUGGCACGGUUGUGUCUUAUUUUAUGGCAAAGCAUCCAUCAAGAAACUGUUACUGGAAGAGGAUCCCUAACGAAACUCCUAACACCUGUCCAUUUCUAAAAAUGGCAGACAUGGAUCAGGCGCAUAUGGAUUACAUCAAUAAUCUGCCAAAAAACACCCUGACAUUAGUGAAAGUAUGGAUGUUACCGUCUAAUUUAGUUCUCGAAUGCUACAAAGAGAACGGACAGAGAGAUUCAACAUUUUACUCAGUGUUUUCCGAAGCAGGAGAAACUCACGUUGUUACUAUUAAAAUGUUUGAUUGUUCAUCAGCAGAGAAUUUUGCCAAAACUUUGGUUGUUGAAAGAAUCAACUUUGGUGGUGAGAAUUUGGUGACUAUAGUAGGAAGUCGAAAAUCGGAAAAUGAUGACUGGUGUUCGUAUAGUAUUACACAAAAAAGAGACAGCAAGGGAAAAGCUGUAUUGAAUAGAUUUAAUGCUUGGGUAUACUACGAUUACAAGCCUAAGGAUGGUCAUUGGAAUGAGAUUUCUUCAGAUAAUCAUUGGCUAUUAAAUGAAGUUUCAGCCAAAAGCAUCAAAGCAUCCUACAAUUUCCAGCCUGGUGUCCAACCGGUAGCAACAUAUUUAUUACUACGGGGACAGUAUGGGCGAGAAGAUCGCACUUUUCUGGAAUGCUACUUCAAAAGUGGACGACACGUUGGAGUUAUCAAGACGUUGAAUAAUAGAGUUAUAGUUUCAAUACCGGGGUUGCCCUGCAAGUCGAAAUCGGACUUGGAUAUAAAAUCAUUUGUUCACUUUACCGAAAUCGACAGUGUGAAAUAUAUUACGAUAGGAAGUCGUGAAACUGCUAAAGAACAUUGGCACUGCUACACCUUCUGUGCAGGUUGUCCAAUAUAUGAAAAAAAGUACAGGUCUUAUAUCUUGGGAUGUAACCCCGACAAAAAAGAAAUUGCUAAGUGGUCGCAGAAUGGCGUCCUUUGGAAACGAGUUGGAGACACAAGUUACGAAAGAACUUACAUAAGUAAUUAUUAUUCCAACUACGAAGACGAUAGUUUAACACUUAUUCAGCUGUCUCACCAAGACUAUAUACUCAGAAAUUCAGUUGGAACACAAUUUGCAGUCCUAGAUUUAAAAGAUGGGAAUUCUAUUAAAAUAUACAUGGUAUAUUUUUUGGAACAUACAGAAACCCAGCCACGAACAUGGGGAGAAAUUUGGUCUGGGACGCCGGAGAAAAAAAACACGUAUUAUGUUUUUAUUGAUGAUAAAUACAAAAAUGUGAAAGAGCUAACAGAUGAAAAUAAGAAAAUUUGGUUUUUUUAUUACCAAUUCGAUGAAAGUGAGGAUUAUAGCAGAUACAUCUACCACGAUUUCAAGAAAGUCGAUAGUCAACUCACCAAAACCUGCAAGGCAACAAUAGAGGGAAACCUUUCGCCCGAUAAGUUAGCAUGUCGUGGUACGGAAGAGAUAUAUACCACUGACUCUACACCAGAAGUUACACUAAGUUGUUGCACAGGCACACAUAGGGAUACAGCUGUUGUUAAAUAUAAUGGAAAUCAUUUACUGACGUGGACUGAUUAUUGCUCAAGAAAGGAAACUAUUAAGAAUUUCUACUUGAUACUUACCACGAGCGGAAAUAAAUUUGACAGCCUAAUUAUUGGAACAAAAACAGAAGACAAAAUGUGUUGGUACAAUAUGUUCGGAACUGCAACAAAACUUAUAACUAAUCUUCUCAUUGACUACGUCCCUACGGUCGACCCUCCUCACCAGUGGUAUGAGGGAGAUUCAAACUCCUGCCCUUUCAACACAAGGAAUGGCAUAAAAAUCAAACCAUAUUCUACACCCAAGAGCACCCAAAAAACAAAUGUAAACAUUCGAACAUAUCUAGCAAAGACGGAAGGAUUGAUAGCUAUUUUAGAAUGCUACGAAAACACCAGUAAAAGAAAAUAUUAUUCUAAAGAAAUCUUAUUGAAAACAAAAUAUAAAGAAUUAUUUUAUGUUGAAACAAAUAAUGAAUUCGAAUGUGAUCUUGAAAGGUUACAUGUGUCUACUUCGGAAACACUCUCUUACUUGUCCUUUGCGAUUCAGUCUGGAACGAGGUGGUGUCGCUACGACGCGUGCAUCACUUGCUCGACUAAAAACUUCAGACUGAACAUCGACGAAGACAAACCAAGCGAGAAAACAAAAUGGUCAGAGCAAGGUUUUAAAGUCACAAGGCGAAAACGGCCAGAAUGCAGCGACGGAGAUUCUUUUAAUUUUCAAAAUAUAGAUCAAAAGUACUUCAAAAAAAUGUUUUAUUCAACUGAUUUUCCCCAAAGAUUUCUUAUUCGCUGUUACCAUAAAGACAACCAAUACCUUACUGUAAUCCUUUCUGCAAGAGGAAUAAGAAUUGAGACUUUAACAGGCAUAAACUGUUUGCAAAACCAAUUUUACGAUUUUAACUUUGUUAUCAAAAAUGAUAAGAGAUUGGUAAUCUCCCAGGAAGAUAUAAAAUUUUGUACUCGUGAAAACGAUAAAUGCUGGUUAUACGAGUGCAACGAAGAAGAGGACAAAAAUCAGAAAGUUAUGAUGUUCUUUUUCUUUGCACCCGAAGGACCAUUGGGUUCUUUAAAGGACGCAAAUGGAGAAACACAAACCAUGGCUGGACCAGGAUGGAGGGUUGUAGAGUUUCCGUUUGUGCCUACACAACCAGAAGAUCAAGACAAACCUUCUGAUGACAGGACCCAAAAUCAGGGUUCAGCACAGGUAUCUGAACCUCACCAGAAGAAUAUUAUAAAGCCUAAUGAAAUAAUACUGGAAGACUUUACCAGUACAGGAUCUUGGGAGUUGGUAGCAAAGUACGAACAGAUAAACGGUUUGGGAUUUGAACUACUUUGCCUACGAUCAGCAGAAAACAAAUACUACUCUCAUGUGUUCAAAGACAAUGAAUACGUUCUUACAAUAGCGAGUCACGAUUGCUCACCCGACCCAUAUAGAUCCCCACCACGUGUUACACUCGAUGAAAGAGAUCGAAAAAGUGGAUAUGAUUAUGUCUUAGUACAAUCGUCAGACAAUGCCUGGUAUAGCGUUUGUAGAAAAUGUGACACAAAAGUAACCUAUUUAUCUGCUUAUCGACCCUUGAAACUCUACUACUGGCUACAGGAGCCUAUAAUGGAAGGAUGCCCUCUUAAAAAGGAAAAUAUAUAUAUUGGAGAAACAAAACUGGUGGAGGUACAGAAAGAACUAGUCGCCAGAUAUAUCAGCGAAGACGGACACUAUAACCUCAAUUGCUAUAAAAGUGGAAACACGGAACAUAUAUUGGACAUAAGAAUCAUAGAACAAGUAAUAAUGUCCAUCAAAGGCUUGGAUUGUUCUGAAGAUGUAAACUCAGUGUUGUAUUUCGCAUCCAGCGAUGCGACGAGUUAUACUAUAGGAGCAUCCUUACGAGAGUCCUAUCAAAACGGCAGACUUUGGAAACUGGAAACCCCUUGGUGCCUCUACAACGUCAGGUUUUACUCGUGGUCUCCAGUUACCACAAUCGAACCAAGAGUUUAUAAGAAAUAUCUGGCAAAUAUUAAAUGGAUUAAGGCGCCAUUAAAUUUUGCUUUGCUGGUGAAACGGGAAGAUGUAAUUUUAGAAGAAGAUAAAAUAACUGUUCAAGAGAGUGAUCUUAAAGUCACAUACCUAAGUCAAUUUACUAACUCCAGAUUGCGAGACCAUUACACAGUGUCGUGUUACAAAAAUGAGAAUUCAGAAUAUAUAUCUGUCAUCAAACAACUUGGAUCCUUCAAACUAGCUGUUAAAGGAGUGGACUGCUCGUCCCUUUCAAGCUUGCAGUUAGGUUUCUUCUUAUCACAUCAACAGGAAAAAAUGACUAUAGGGUUCAAACGGCCGGAAUUCCCUGAGAAUACUCUCUGGUGUCUGUAUGACGUAAACAUUAGCCCUACUAAAACUAAAGCAGUCGUUCCCUCUAGUACCAAGCUCGAUGAAAUACAAAGGCUGAUCUGGUUCAAUCCAACUGAGCCUACCCAAAAAAGAGAGAACAAGAACUCAGAAGAUGACGAGGUUAAAGCAAGUGAUUAUAUGGCGCUAGUAGACAACACCAGGGAGCUUGUGUUGGUAGCAAAGUACAAACCAGAGAUGCACGCUACGGCAAAUUCAGGACUGACACUACUUUGUAUACGAUCAAAGCAAAACAAUUACUACUUCAGUUUGUUCGACAACGAAAAUCAUCUUUUGACACUAAAUUACCAUUGCUCCGACGUUGGAAAUUCUUUAUCGCCAUCUAAAGGGUUAACGAUAGCUGUAGACAAGGAUGACAAAACGAAUGGCAAAGAAUUUGUCUUCGUACGAAUAAAUAAUAAUUGGUUCAGCGUCCAUAAAUUUAGCAAGGCAGUAAUUCAUCUAACUAGUUACAGCACUGGGAAAGACCUCACCUGGAAAAAGGAGCAUAUAAUGGAAGACUGUCUAUUUAAAGCUGAUUAUAUAUACGGAGAAGAAAAGGAGUUACCAGUACAGAGAGAUCAACUAGUCACCAGAUACAUCAGUGCAUCAGAACUCGGACGCUAUAGUGCGAACUGCUAUAAAAGUGAAGGCAAUGAACAUAUAUUGGUCAUGAGACGCAAGCAAGAGUUCAUAAUGUCUUUUAAGGGAAUCGAUUGUUCAUAUUCCACGGACAAGGAUCCAAUAUUUUAUUUCGCACUAAGUGUCGCGGACCCAUUUAUAUAUACUGUAGGGAAAUCCUUUAAAGAAUCCAAUCAAAAUGGCAGACUUUGGCAACUGGACACCCCUUGGUGCCUCUACAACGUCAAUGUUCGGUAUCCAUCGAAGAUCAUCAUUGAACCGGCAUUUACUAAUAAAUACCUGACAAAUCUUCCAUGGACCGAGGAAAGAGACUGCGCAAUAACAAGAAAUCGCAUUACUAGAAUGAAUACGCCAACUACCGAAACAUCAAAAGUUAAAUAUUACAACGGAAGAUCGAAACCAUUUCAACUGGAUUGUUACUAUCCUCAGCAUAACUGGCCAUUCGCAAUCCUCAGUAUAUCCGGCGACGUAAUUAAAAUUGACAAAUUGAACUGUGCAUCGGUUAACAAACUGGACAAUAUAGACAACAAGUUGCUUGCCGACCAAGAUGAAGACUCGAAAAACAUCAUUAUUGGAAGUAGACGAGACUCCACUACUCCUUGGUGUUACUAUGUAAUUCCACAUGAAAAAAGUAAAGACAUUGUACUAGGGGACGAUGAACUAAAUCCAAGUAUCUUGUUGUCUCGGUGGUACAUGGGCGCUAAUGGAUAUUAUCCAGUCGAGUCACGUUCCUGUUUUACCCGAGGACAACCCUCUUGCGGCAUGGUGGACAAUACAAGGAUUUUACCAUCGUACUCUGGGGAAAAAAUAACUACAAGCUCUGAACAAGUAAAAAAAAUGGAAAAACAACUUGUAGCUACAUACGCAUUUGAUGUUAAGAAAGACAUAAUGACACAGACGUUCAUAGUUCAAUGUUACCUUAAAAACAAUCACAAAACCAAAUACAUUAUGACAAUAGCAGAAAGAAAAGAAAGUAUUGCUAAAGAAGGAUCCCAGAAACUGCCUUUAGAAAAUAAAAUUGUAUUUCUAGCAGCGUUCGAUAACUUCGACUGCUCUCAAAGGGAUUUAGACAAAAGAAUUUACAUGUUCACAUUCAAAGAUAUGUCAAUGCACAUCUUGACUUUUACUUUGAAAUAUACCAAGACGUGGUGCCAGUACGAUAUAUGUGUAGAAAACUGCCCAGAACCGAAGCCGGUAUUAUCUAAAGCUUGUGAUGCAGUAAACCCAGGAGCGUUUGGAUCAUUCAAGAUGGGGUUCUGGAUGAUUGAAAACCCUUCAUUUAAGGAUCAAAUACCAGUCGAGAACGAUCCUAGCUACGAAAGAAAGCAAAUCGAAGUUAAAAGUUAUCUAAAACAAACUUUAAAGCCGGGGAGAGAAUACUUUCUCCUUGAAUGCUACAAGUUUAAGAAAUCAAAAUCCGCAACGGCAACUUUCUUGGCAACAAUUAAGACCAGUAAAGGACUUAUUUUGACUACAAUAGAAAAUGUGGACUGUAUUGAUCGUGAUGUACAAACUAUUGGAUUGAAUUUUGUAAUGGUAAAGAAAAGUGAUGGAAGCAGAGUGAUGAUUGAUCUGGACUUUGCAACUCCACCAGAACGAAACCAAGAUUCUUGUUGGUUCUACGGAUGUGCAACUGCAGAUGCUGAAGUAAUGUUUUUUAUUGAGGCGCCAAACAUUGCAAAAGAACAUGUAACAGGUUUUCAUAAAUGGCGUCAGAUUCUCCAUGUUGAUGACAGCUGUCCUAAGAUGUAUAUUACCGAGAAUCAAGAUACUAGAACACCCCUACAAGAGGAUAAAUUAGUUGCAGAAUAUGGAUUUACGCCUGCUUCUAAAAGUGGUUUCAAUAAGAUGCUUACACUAAAAUGUUACGAAUGGCUCAGUGAGAAAGGGGGCCAGUUUUAUUUAGAAGUUUUUGAUAAAGAAAACCAGAACUACUUGGGAAUCGUUCAGAAUAUUCGUUGUGAUUCACUACGCAGACUUCGCUACAAUUUUAAUAUUGAAAAGGACAAGAUAAACGAAGUUGAAUUGAUUAUUUUUAAGGUUAAAAGUGGAAAACCAAGUUGUGAUGACUACUCUUUAAUAGUUUGUGAAUAUUGUCAGGUAAAGAACUGGAAAUAUUACCAACAGACGAGUGUCUACAAUGUAUUGGAUGAUUCUCAAUGGGAAAUGCUACCCACUCCAUCUUGUAAAAGAUUCCAAGAAGAAAACAUACAUUUGGAUAACAAAGUCGAUGAUGGAUUCAAAAAACAUAACUCGCUAAUAAAUGACAGUAAAGAUGAUACAAGCACGUACUUGAUGACUUGCUUCAAGACGGCUGAUGGUAGAUUUACUACACGUUUUGAAACGGUGAAUGGAAGGCACGUUGUUUCCAUUCUCUCCAUUGACUGCUCGUCAUCCAAAACGUUCAAUCAGCUCGAUCUGUCUGAAAAAACAAGAAGAUUGUAUACGUCUAUACAGAAACACGGGCAGAAAACAUAUCUCUCUUUUAUUACUCAAGACGAAACAUUCACUCAUACAGGAAAUUGGUGUCGUUAUGACGUAUGUGUUGGGUGUCAAGAAAAAGAGAUGAUUAGUGGCAUCGUAGAUGACCACUACGAACACGUGAUGGAAUGGUCUGAGAAUGGAAUAGACGUACUACAGAAUGGAAUGGACGUGCAUGUGGACUUCAAAACUGAAACCCAACCUUUGUCUGAGAGAAACAUGUUUUCAAAGCAUGUUAACAAUGAGAAUAAAGGUUACGGUAUGGAAUGUUAUCAUGACGAAUCCGUACUUGGAAAAUUUACAUUGACAAUCGUAAAUGGACCAAAUAGAAACUUGUUUAGAGUUAAGAGAUAUGACUGCGAUUUACUCGUGAAAAAGGUGUACGUGCAUAUUAAAUACAAUGACGGUUCGUACAACCUGAUCAGACUGAAUGAAAAACAGAAAAUAAGAGAAGAAACGAAAGUCGAACAGGAUAAGACUGUAUUUGUAUUUGAGAAGGAGUUGAUGAGUUAUCAGAUGGAUUGGAAGCUGGUUUCCGAACUUAAGUUACCAAUGUUGGAUCGCAUGAACUUUCCUCCAGUCGAGGAUCCUAAGGAAUGUUGGCCUGAAGCUAAACAGCCAACCGAUCUUAUCAACUGGUAAUGAUAGUGGUCAAAACCAAUCUGACUGUAAUACACACAUAUAAUGCAAAUAAAAACAAUGUGUUUAUUAACUUAA